UGUCCCUCAGACACAGCGGAUCACCGAACCACGGAAAGAGCCGAAGAUGUCCGCUCGGUCAUAUGAUCAGCUGUGUCCAAUCACAGCUGAUCACAUGGGACAUGUACACUGAUCAUCAGAGAACUGAUGAUCAGUGUGCCCUGAUGAUCAGUGUAGCCCCAGCAGUGCCACCUGUCAGUGUCCAUCAGUGCCACAUCAAUGCCACCACAUAUCAGUGCCUACACAUAGUGCACAGUGCACAAUGCCACAUAUCAGUGCCCAUCUGAGCUGCCUUUCAGUGUCACCCAUCAGUGCCACCUAUCAGUGCCGCCUAUCAGUGCCAGUCAGUGCCGCCUAUCAGUGCCGCCUAACAGUGUCAAUCAGUGCCACCUAACAGUGCCAGCCAGUG